AUGGAUACCUCCCCCCUCCCUAUGGAAUCAGGCAUCAUUUUGGCAACUUCGCACAGUGGCUGGAAGGAGCAAAAGAGAUUUUGUGUUUCCGCUCUUAAAAACUUUGGAAUGGGGAAGAAAACACUUGAGAAGAAAGUGUGUGAAGAAGCUUGGUAUUUGUGCUCUGAGCUGACAUCUAAAGAAGGCUCUCCUUUUGACCCCAAAAUUGCAAUCUUUAAGGCAACUGGCAAUAUUAUUAGCAUAUUAGCAUUUGGCGAUCGCUUUGAAUACCAUGAUGAAACCUUCCUGAAGCUGAUCCAUGGGACAGAAGAAAUACUGAAGGGUAUAAUGAGGAUGGUGCCUGAGUUUGUGUUUGUAAGACCAUGGUUCUCGUAUCUCCCUGGACCUCAUCAGAAAAUCAAGAAAGGUUAUGAUAGUUUCACCACUGUCUUAAAAAAUAUGGUGGAUGAACAUAAGAAAACCAGAGAUCCCGCUUUUCCCAGAGACCUAAUUGAUGCGUUUUUGGAGGAGAUAGAAAAGGCCAAGGGCAAUCCAGAGACCACUUUCAGUGAAGAAAACCUUAUUCAUCUUAUGAUUGACCUCUUUGCGGCAGGCACUGACACAACAUCUGUCACCCUACUUUGGGGGCUUCUAAAGAUGAUCCUCCAUCCUGAAGUUCAGAAAAGAGUUCAAGAAGAAAUUGAUAUGGUGAUUGGCCGAAUAAAAUCACCCACGAUGGAGGACCAGUCAAAACUGCCUUAUACCAAUGCUGUGAUCCAUGAAAUUCAGCGUUGUGCCGAUAUUGCACCAGCUUCAGUUCCUUAUAUGACAUACAGAGAUACUGAAGUUGCCAAUUUUGUCAUACCCAAGGGCACUGUUGUCGUCUGUCAUUUAUCUUCUGUGCUAAAGGAUGCAACUAUGUGGGAAAAACCCCACGACUUUUACCCAGAGCACUUCCUGGAUACAAACGGGAAGUUCAUCAAGCAAGAAGCCUUCCUGCCUUUCUCUGCAGGUCGUCGAGCUUGCACCGGAGAACAGUUGGCUAAAACAGAGCUCUUCAUCUUUUUCACCACUCUCCUGCAACAUUUUACCUUUUGCAUUCCAGAAAACUAUCCCAAACCAACAGAGGAAAGAAUAUAUGCUGUGACAGUCACCCCAGCCCCAUUCCAGCUAUGUGCCAUUCCUAGAUAGAGAACUCUUAUGAGUUCCAAUUAAAGCAGAGCCAUUGAAUCAGGUUAAUUCAAUUGAUCUACUCUAAUUGUGAAAAACCGAUCGGACCGAGGCCACUGUUUCCAGUGUCUCUGUUUCUUUUUCUGAAUUUGGGGGGUUUAAGCAAGGAGUGGGAGUAGGAUGUAAAUGUUUUAGCCUUCUUGUAGCCUUGCAUUUUCUUGCCAGAGAAUAAUUAUAUGCCCCGUGCUAGAAUACACAGGCAGGCCCCGAGUUUCAGACAUCUGAUUUACAUCCAACUCUUAGGACUUCAUCCUACUUACCAACUCAAGCAUUCUAGGAUGCUUCCCAAACCCGUAGCCAGGAU